AUGGCGAGAGAUAAAGAAGAACAAAACAAUGAGAACCCUUCGUCAUUUAUCAAGAAUAUUUCAUUUCCAUUCAACACCAUUUUCUUGAUCUCAACCGCAAUCUUCCUCGUCACAGCCGCUUUCUGGUUCGUAACCGUCAUAACAUUACAUUACAGGACCGAUGAAUGUAAUCGGUUUGUCACAACUCCCGGAAUCUUCAUAAGCUUCUCAUUGCUCGCUAUGUCCCUCACUGGAUUCUACGCAGCUUACUUCAAAUCCGAUUGUCUCUUCCGAAUCCACUUCUUUAUCUUCUUCUUGUGGAUGUUCGUUGUCGUGUCUAAAGCCAUCUUUGUCAUAUUUCUACAUAAGGAGACCAAUCCUAGGUUGUUUCCUGGUACCAAGAUCCAUGAGUUUAGGUACGAGGAUUACUCAGGAUGGGUUAGUAGAUUGGUCAUCAAAGACGAUGAAUGGUAUCGUACAAGGAGAUGUCUUGUUAAGGACAAUGUUUGUAACAGGUUAAACCAUAAGAUGCCAGCUUCUGAGUUUUAUCAGAUGAAUCUAACUCCUAUACAGUCGGGUUGCUGCAAACCACCACUUUCAUGUGGAUUGAAUUACGAGAAACCAAAUAUGUGGACAGUUUCAAGAUAUUAUAACAAUUUAGAAGUUGAUUGCAAGAGAUGGAACAAUUCUGCAGAUACAUUAUGCUUCGAUUGUGAUUCGUGUAAAGCUGUGAUUAUUGCUGAUUUACAUAAUAAUUCAUUUUCCAUAACAAUUAACAUUAUUCAUAUCAUCUUUAGUCUUUCCAUCGGCAUGACCGGUUGGUUUGCCUGGUUAAGGAUCCUUCGAGAAAGUCAGAAAUAG